AUGCGGAGAGCCUUUACCACGACGGAUCAAGAAGAGGAUGUGCGUCAAGAGUUCUUGGGAAUGCUCAAGAAAUAUGACAAGGUUUUGGCAGGAGACACUUCCAAGUUCAUUGGAGAGUUCAGGGGUCUGGCAGACCUCGUGAAUUCAACUGAUGGUGAAUUAAUCCUAGCAAUCAGAGAUCAAUUGCACAGAGAGAUUAAGAAUGUCCUUGCGGCCAGAGGAAGUUCCCAGUGGCCCAAGAAAUGGUCGGAGUACUGUGAUUAUGUACUCGACAUUUGCAAAGACAUGGGGAUUCACCAGUCAGUAUCUUCAAUAGGACCUGCACCUAAAGAUCCGAACACCAUGGAGGUGGAUAAUACAUCCAAGCAGAAGCAGUCUGGCUUGAGACAGACUCAACAGCAAAGGAGCACUCCUGAUCCAAAGAAGCGACAGGAGGGCAAUGCUUUGAGUAUGCAAGAAGCACAGAAAAGAGGCGUAUGUUACAUUUGUGGCAAGCUGGGACAUUGGGGCAAGCAGUGCCCUAGUAAGAAAACAGGAGACUCUGCGGCUAGGCCCGCAGCAGCAAACACGGCUUCUAGUACUGGAGGCAAUAAAGGGAAAUCACCAGAUUUCUCUAAGCCUCAGUUUAGAAGAAUUUGA